AAUUUUUCCCAUCCUCUCUCUUAAAUUAAUUUAUUUUUCCUCCAAUAAUAAUAAUACCCACCUAAAAAGACCUACCUAUUACUUUUGGUCUUAUACUAAUCAACCCUUUUAAAAAGUCCUUAAUCAUAAAAUUAUUUUGAGAAAACAACAUAUAGGUGAAUCCAAAAGGUAAAAUUAGAGAGAAUUAGGUAUGAUUAGGGCAAAAAAUGAUAGUACACAAGGGUACAAAUCUAGCCUUUCUAAUGAAUAUAAACUUGAUUUUAUGUAUGAAGAUGAAAAAAAAGAAGAAGAUGAAGAAGAAGCUAAAGAGGAAGUGGAUGAUAAUAAUAGUAACAGCAAUAACAAUAGCAAAUUAAAUGGUUUGAGCUCGAGUUCGAGCACCGUGGAGGUGGGCGAUAAAAAGGCGCCCACCUCCUCGGGAUCUGUUCGACCGUACAACCGUUCGAAGACGCCUCGACUCCGAUGGACACCGGAUCUCCACCUUUGCUUUGUACAAGCCGUUGAGAGGCUGGGAGGUCAAGAAAGAGCAACUCCUAAGUUGGUUCUUCAAUUGAUGAAUGUCAAAGGCCUAAGUAUUGCUCAUGUCAAGAGUCAUCUUCAGAUGUACAGAAGCAAAAAGAUUGAUGAAUCAAAUCAAGCUUUGAACAAUCAAGAGAUAUUCAUUGAUGGAAGAGAUAAUAUCUUUGAUCUCAGCCAACUACCUAUGUUACAACGCUACAAUAAUCAAAGAACAUCUACUUUUAGUCUAAGAUAUGAUGAUUCUUCAUGGAGACCAUAUGAAUUCAACCAGAUUUACGCUCCAUAUACAAUUGGAACUUCAACCGGAUCCGAUAUGUCUCAAAUCGGGUCAAAUUGGAUAACCCAACAAGCCCACAAACAAGAUCCAAUAAUCCAAACCAAUGCAUCCUUAUUAUCAUGUCAAUUCACAAGUAUUAGGCCAAUUAGGGCAAGCAUGGAGUUUAACCUAGCAAUUAGUCCCUUUACAAAAAUAGCAACCCCAAGGGAAAAUAACCAUGAAUUUGGAAAGAAAAGAAAAGCCAUGGAUCUGGAUCUUUCUCUAACCCUAGCUUCUAAUGAUAAUAUAUACGAUCGAUCAAAGAAAAUGAGUACAGGGCAUAAAGAUAAUUAUAAGUUCUUGAAGGAAAAAGAUCCUACAAGUUGUGGGAAUACUGAACAAUCAAAGACAUGUUUGGAUCUGACUUUAUGAAUGAAGACAAUUGCUGAAUGAGAACUUGUUGUAUUGCACAAGGUAUAUAUAUCUUUCUCGAUUCUUAUUACUUGCAACGUUUUAACUUUAAUACUACAAAAAAAUCUUAAUUCCGACUAACAUUAUAGUAUACUACCUGUAUUUCAAUUGUUUCUGUUAGUCGGAAAUCAGCUUUUUCUUGUAGUGUAAACUUGUCAAUAUACAAUUUUGACCAUUAAAACUUUUUAUUUAUACAUUCGUAAAAAAAAUAAUAUU